GGCGGACUACAGCUCCCGCCGUGCCCCGCGCGGCUGCGCUCGGAGCGGCCGCGGAGCAGCAGGAGCCGCCGCCGUCCCCCGCCCCGCAGCGGCCGCCGCGCUUACGCCAGUCCCCGGCUUCACUCGCGGCCUACUCCGGCUCCUCGGCAUGGCGCGGCCCCUCGUGCCCAGCUCGCAGAAGGCGCUGCUGCUGGAGCUCAAAGGGCUGCAGGAGGAGCCCGUGGAAGGGUUCCGGGUCAACCUGGUGGACGAGGGGGACCUGUACAACUGGGAGGUGGCCAUCUUCGGCCCCCCGAACACCUACUACGAGGGCGGGUACUUCAAGGCUCGUCUCCGGUUUCCCAUCGACUACCCCUAUUCUCCUCCUGCCUUCAGGUUCCUAACCAAGAUGUGGCACCCCAACAUCUACGAGACCGGCGACGUCUGCAUCUCCAUCCUGCACCCGCCGGUGGACGACCCGCAGAGCGGGGAGCUGCCGUCCGAGCGCUGGAACCCCACGCAGAACGUGCGGACCAUCCUCCUGAGCGUGAUCUCGCUGCUGAAUGAGCCCAACACGUUUUCCCCAGCCAACGUGGACGCGUCCGUGAUGUACCGCAAGUGGAAGGAGAGCAAAGGGAAGGACCGGGAGUACACGGACAUCAUCAGGAAGCAAGUCUUGGGCACGAAGGUGGAUGCGGAGCGGGACGGUGUGAAGGUCCCCACCACGCUGGCCGAGUACUGCGUGAAGACCAAGACUCCGGCCCCAGACGAGGGCUCAGACCUCUUCUAUGAUGACUAUUACGAGGAUGAUGAGAUGGAGGAGGAAGCAGACAGCUGUUACGGCGAUGAGGAUGACUCCGGCAAUGAGGAAUCUUGAUGGCCCUCCGGCAUUGCAAAACUUGCUAUAAACUACUGAAUUUUACCUCAACUAGGAGAAACUGGCUUGAAUUUAGGAUCCGUCAGCCCUGAGAUUAACUCUCUACCUCGCAGGGAGACUGUUCUGCUGUUGCAAAGGAAACCCCACCACUGUCUUUGUAGAAAAAGCAAAAAAUCAAACCCUAUUUUAUAAACUUGCUGGGUGAGGGGUGGGUGGGGAGGGGGAAGUCGUGUCGGGGUGUUCACGAACCCACAGAAACCGGGAGCUGGUGCCUGUGGCUGGAUGAAGAGCGAUGGCAAAGCCAGGCGGUGGCUGCUGGUUCGGGUACGUCCCGCCGGUGAGUGGUGGCGUUGGGGGGAGCGUGUGAGCAUCGUGCAGCUUCUCCUGCCUCUGCAGCGUCUGUGCGGGAGCAGGGGGAGCGCGGCCGCAUUCUGUCCCCGCGAGACCCUCCUGCUGCCCCUUGCCGUGGUUCUGGAGCCGCGUCCGCGGGGAGCAGCGCGGCAAGGACCGCGAUAUCACCGGGAAGGACCGGGGCGCUGGGCAGGACACGCCGGCAGCUGCAGCACAUGGGGAUGAGCGUUUGUAGUUUUUAACCAGUGGGGAGGGACAGGGUAGUUCUGAGUCUGCUUCUGUUUUUUUGGAAACUAUUUAAUAAAGUACUCAAAGAAA